AUGGCGCCGGCUUAUUACUGUCCUCUUUGCCGACAGACCUUCUUCUGUGGUCGCGGACACGUCUACAGUCGCAAGCAUCAGCGGCAGCUUAAGGCAGCUUUGGAGCGGCUCCUGCCCCAGGUGGAGGCCGCCCGCAAGGCUGUCCGCGCCGCGCAGGUGGAGCGAUAUGUACCAGAGCACGAUCGACGCUGCUGGUGUCUGUGCUGUGGCUGUGAGGUGCGGAAACACCUGAGCCACGGAAACCUGACCGUGCUGCAUGGAGGGCUGCUGGAGCAUCUGGCCAGCCCAGAGCACAAGAAAGCAACCAACAGAUUUUGGUGGGAGAACAAAGCUGAGGUCCAGAUGAAAGAUAAGUUUUUGAUCUCCCCCCAGGAUUAUGCAAGAUUCAAGAAAUCCAUGUUAAGAGGUUUGGAUUCUUAUGAGGAAAAAGAGGAUGAAGUGAUCAAAGAGAUGGCAGCUCAGAUCCGGGAGGUAGAGCACAGCCGGCAGGAGAUGGUUCGGUCUGUCUUAGAGGUUGGUUUCCUUUGGAGGAUCCAGAGCAGUAUCCAAAUCCACUGGUCCCUGGCUCACCCAGAUACAGGCCUUGUCAGUGAAGAACAUGGGCAGGGCUGGGAGAAAGGGAGGGAAGAGUUUACAAGACAAGUAUCUUCCAGCUCACAGCAGCCCUCAGACUUGGAUCUGCCACCAGCUCCAAAGCUGGACUGGAUGGAGACAGGACAGCCCCUGACGUUUAUUGACUACCAGGUAUAA